ACUUGUUCUGUUACGAGUGUGAUAAGUUAAAGUUUUAAAAUAUUGUUUUAUAUCGGAUUCCUAAAAUAAUUUAUAAUAAUUUUUAAUAACAUGUACAUUACUAUUGUAAAAAUUAAAACAUGAAGACUGUAUAAUUUUUUUGAAACAUCGUUUAUUUAAUGUCAUCGAUUACAGAUACUUCAUAGUUAAUUUGUUAAUUUUUUCUUCACCGUAUAUCAUUAUGUCACCUAAUAACUUGUCUCAGGAUUCCAAAGAUUACCUUUCCCAUGAAUUACAUAAAUUUAUGUUGUCUGAUAUCCUAGAGUACACAUUUUCAACUUCAUUAUCAUCAGAAGAGCGCAAAUAUUUACAUAUGAAGUGUGCUGAUUUUGGAUUAAAAUCUAAAAGUCAUGGGAAAGGUAAUAAUCGUUCCAUAACUGUUUACAUGAAUAAAACAAAUAUUGAUAAUAAAGCUGGAAAUAUCGCAAUUUCACCAAUAUCUAAAGAAAUAGUAACCAAAAUUUGUCACAGUGUUCCUCUUACAAAAGAAAUGUAUAUUGAAUUAUUACCAAAUCCUAUAAAACCAUUUCAAAGGAUGGCUGUGGCCAACUGUAAAAGAAAUCUACCUUUAAUGUGUAAUAAGCCAAUGACUAUCCCUCACUUGUCAGCUAAUGAAGAAUUGUUAGCUUUAAGAAAAUCUUUACCUAUAUGGGAAAAACGAGGACAAAUAAUUCAAGAAAUUGAAAACAAUCCAGUUGUGAUAAUAACAGCAGAAACUGGAUCUGGGAAAACAACUCAGAUACCACAAUUUAUUAUAGAUAGCAGCGCAAUAAAAAAUAAACCAUGUCGUGUAAUAUGUUGUCAACCUAGGAGAAUAGCAGCUAUCUCAAUGGCUGACAGAGUGUCCAAUGAAAGAGGUGAAAAUAUUGGAAUGAGUACUGGGUAUCAAGUUCGACUGGAAAGCUGUGUAAGCCAUGAAACCACUAUAAUAUAUUGUACAACUGGUGUUUUGACAAGAACACUUAUGGAUCGUCAACAAAAAGAUAAUGAACCUAUCAAAGGAAUGCUUAUGAAUGUAUCUCAUAUAAUAGUAGAUGAAGUUCAUGAACGUGAUAAGCAUGUAGAUUUCUUAUUGAUAGCAUUGCGAAUGAUAUUACCUAAAUUUCCACAUCUUAAAUUAGUUUUAAUGUCUGCUACUGCAGAUAUAAAAUUAUUUUCGACUUAUUUUAAUAAUUGUCCAGUGUUAAAAGUAGAAGGAAAAAUUUUUCCAGUACGAGAUUUUUUUUUAGAAGACAUAUUGGAUAUUAUGAAAUAUGAAUCACCAUCUAUGUUACGUGUUAAAAAUAAGACAAAAAUUGAUUACUGGGAUAAUGAUGUAGCUCUCAAUGCAACAACUGAAGCUAUUCAGAAUAUGCAUGUUGUUGAACCGGUUAAAAUAUUGAAACCUGAUCAGGAAUGGUUAAAACCGGAAUUAGAUGAUUGUAUGCAUCAAAUAUGGUUUAAUGCAGAAGUUGAACAAAUUGAUAGAAUGAUUUAUUAUAUUAUGUCCGAAGGCGUGCCUGUUGAUUAUCAACAUUCUGAUACUGGUGUAACAUUGUUGAUGUUAGUUGCAGUACAUGGCCUGAAUGAUUAUGUUCUUACAUUAUUAAAUAUGGGAGCUAAUCCAGUAAUCACAACUAGAGUUUUGAAUAAAGAUGCAGCAACUUGGGCAGCUGAUUUUAAGCAAUAUGAAACGAGAGAUCUUAUUUUAAAUUACAAAGGAUCUACUACUACUAAAGAACAAAACGAAGAAUCUAGAGAGUUUCAAGUUAUGGACCGAUUGGAGUUAUAUAAAAAAAGCUUAUCCCCAAAUAUUAUUAUAGAUUCAUAUUUAAUAUCUCAUCUUAUAAAAUAUAUAAUUUUAAACAAGAAAUCAGGUUCUAUUUUAGUAUUUUUACCAGGAUUUGAAGAUAUGUCAAUGGUCAAUAAAGUUAUAACCGAAGAACUUAUUGCUAAAGAUGAUUUGAAAAUUAAGAUUUAUAUGUUGCAUUCUAUGAUGCAGACCUCAGAUCAACAACGAGUUUUUUUACCAGUACCUAAAGGAUAUCAAAAAGUUAUACUUGCAACAAAUAUUGUAGAAACUAGUGUUACAAUAAAUGAUAUCGUCUAUGUCAUUGAUUCAGGAAGAGUUAAACAGAAAGGCUAUAAUGCAUUCAAUGGUAUAAGUUGCAUGAAUGUAAAUUGGAUAUCUCAAAGUUGCGCAAAACAAAGAGCUGGAAGAGCUGGACGUUUAUGUGCUGGAGAAUGCUAUCGUCUUUAUUCUCGAGAUCACUAUAGUUUUAUGGGAACACAUGAUAUACCUGAGAUUCUAAGAAUGCCUUUACAAGAACUAUGUAUGUUGGCCAAAGUAAUAACUAAUAAUAUGAGAGUAAUGGACUUUUUAGCAUUAGCUAUACAACCUCCACCAACAUUAUCUGUUAUUGCAGCUUUGGAGUAUUUAAAAACUAUUGAAGCAAUGGAUAUAAAUGAAGAUUUAACAGAUCUUGGAUUUUUCAUGCUAGAUUUAUCAAUAGAGCCUCAUUAUGCUAAAACACUCGUAUUUGCUAUAUUUUUAAAAUGUCUUGAUCCUGUACUCACUAUAAUAAGCUGUUUGGCUAAUAGAGAACCAUUUAAUUUGACCCUUAAUGUAAAUAUGAAAACCUCACUUGGUUCUAUUCGUAAAAAACUAGCUGGUGAUUCAUUAAGCGAUCAUAUCAUUCUUUUACGUUUAUACCAAGCAUUUAAUGAAAAAAGUAUGGUAGGUAGUGAAUUGAAUAAUCUAGUAUCUCAGUCUAUAAUGGGUUUAAUUACUCAAACACGAACACAAUUACUUGGUCAGCUAAGAGCUUUAGAAUUAAUCCAAACACGUCCAGGACCUAAUGAUAUUAGAGAUGUUAAUUCUAAUUCCAAUAAUUGGGCUGCAGUUAAAGCUUGUUUAUUGGCUGGGCUGUACCCAAAUAUUGCUAAACUUGACAAGACUAGUUCAAGACCUAUUUUAAAAACCAAAACUGAAAAAAGUGUAGUUUACCAUGGAUCAUCUGUUUUACGUGAAAAUUGUGUAAAAGAUUUACCAUCAGAAUGGAUAGUUUUUGAAGAAAUGACUUCAUUCAACACAAAAAAAUUUAUAAAAAAUUGCACUGUAGUAUCCCCCAUGACUGUUGCAUUAUUUGCUAAUGCAAUGAGAAUACCUCAUGAUUCAGCCGAAAAGAUUGAAGAUGAUAGUGAUUGUGACAGUGAUGAAGAAUUUGUAACACCUUCAGAUAAAUUGGGAAUUUUGAAUGUUGAUGGCUGGACUAAAUUAUUAGGGAGCCCAGAUGACAUUUCAAAAAUACUAAAUAUGCGUUUUUGUCUCACAUUAGCAUAUCGUGAAUUUCUCAAGAAUAAAAUGAUAACAAAUUACAGUUCCUACAAUAGUGUUGUUCAAUCAGUAGUUAAAGUACUGGCUGCUGAAGAUUUAAUGGUUGGUCUCGAAGCUCCUGAUGAUGUUGGAAAACGACCAAAGGAAAAUAGCAAUAAAGGUCGCCAUGGCAGGUAUAGUAAUGAAAAUCCGUCAUUUACAUCUUUUCGAAAAAUAACCCAAGGACAACAUUUAUUAUCAAAAAAUUAUGUGGAUACUGGUUCUUUUUCAAGUGGACGUAAUCAUUAUAUAGCUGGUAUUAGAGGUUCCUCCAGUUAUAGAUCUCAAAAUAAUCAUUCAUCACCAAGUACAUCUCAUCAUUUAAAUAAUAAUUUUAAGUGUCAACAGUAAUA